AUGAUUGGCGUCUUCUCUCUCGCCGCCCAUGCCCGUCCUUCAUCUUCCGCCUGCUUACAUCUUUCCGGGCAGCUGACGUCGCCGCCGAUGUCCUUCCUCACGCUGCCGUCAUCAGACAUCGAGUUUCCUGUUCUCUCAUCAUAUGUCGCCGCCGAUGAGCCAUUCUCUACUGUCAGUUUUGCUUCUUCAAACAAACAGGAUUUAUCUGUUGAGGAAUAUUUGUUUCUUUUUACAUGUCCAAAUGAAAUCCAUGGUUUUGAUUCCUCAUGUAGGUGUUCCAUAAGAUUUUGACUCCACAUUGUUGUCAACCGCUACAAAUGUAACCGAAAAUAUGAUGGGUUUGACCUCAAAGAGAACAUUAAGUAAAAAGGAUUUGGCUAAUUAACAAGGG